AGUAUCGAUUACACAUCUCUAAGCAGUUAUCGCUUUUCUGUUUUCCGCAGUUUUUGAUUAUUCGCUUCUGUAUUUUUUUUGAUUUCGUUCUGUGCAGUUGGUUUGUUGCGGGACGCGCGUGAACGCCAUUGUGUGUGUGUGUGAGGAGGCGCAGAAGAAGCAGCAAGACGGGCAAGAAGGAAGCCGCAAAAGGAGAAGCCAAUUCUAAGAAAUCUUAUCAAUGAGCCAGAAAGAACUACGUGAAGAAAAAUAUCAAGAUGCGUGUGUUUCAAUAGAGCAAAUUUAGUUUUUAGUUUUCUUUCGGCACUUCUGUCCGCUCUUCUAAUCGGUGCGUGUAGUGGUGUGAGUGCUGCUGUGCUGCUGCUGUUUGUGUGUGUGUGAGUGUCACCACGCCUACACGCACAAGGAAUGGCAGCAACGGUUUACCAACGCCUCCACAGCGGUGGCGGCGGCAGCGCGUCGGCCUCCUUUCCAGGAGGAGCGGCCCCCGGAGCUGCAAUGACUGGAUCGGCGGGCAACCCCUCCUCCUCCGCCCUGCUCAGCCACUCCCAGCUGACGCGGUCGCUGGAACGCAUCCUGGAAGAGGCGCAUUUUAGCGGCGAGCUGAUCCUCACGAACCGCAAGCUAAAGGACUUUCCCAAAACGGGCACCAAGUACGCGCUCACGGAUACCGUUAUAGCAGAUCUUUCCCGAAAUCGAUUCUGUGAGCUGCCCGAAGAAGUGACGACAUUUGCCUUUCUGGAGACUUUGCUACUUUAUCACAAUACGAUACGCAGCAUUCCGGAGUCGGUGAAGCAGUUAUCAUCGCUGACUUACUUGGAUCUCCGUAGCAAUCAGUUAUCCUCGCUGCCCCGUGAGAUAUGUUUCCUGCCCCUCCAGGUGCUGCUCGUGUCCAACAAUCGGUUGUCUACCCUGCCGGAUGAGAUGGGACGUUUGGAUCAAACGUUAACCGAUCUGGAUGCAUCGUACAAUCAACUGGCCAACUUGCCUGUCCGUCUGGGGGAGUUGAGAUCACUGCGCUCGCUCUCGCUGCGGAGCAAUCACUUGAUGUAUCUGCCCAGGGAGCUAACCUGCCUGAGUCUGGUCUCGCUCGAUGUGAGCAACAAUAGAAUAGCUAGUCUGCCGCUGGAGAUUCGACACAUGGCCACCUUGGUGGAGCUGCAGCUGGAGAAUAAUCCUCUAACAUCGCCGCCAGCUAGUCUUUGCAUGCGUGGCCUGGUGCACGUUUUCAAGUUUCUGGAGACGCAGGCCACCAAGGAUGAGAAGGGUUCGCGUUCGGGUGGCAACUAUGAUGGGUACACCACACUGCGGCGAGCUCCUCGUCACAAUUCCAGCGGCAAUGUUCUCGAGGCCAGCACCACGGGUAGUAAUAACCAGCGGAGGCAUCAGGUCGACUCGGGCUAUAGCACGAGCGAUGGCCUGGACAAGCGCUGGUCGCACGAUGUCCCAGCCAAAUCCAAGACAGAUUCGCCUUUGCACUGCGUCUCAACUUCGGCGGCUGCCACUUUGCCCAGGACUCUGCCGAGUGCGGUUCAUUCGCACGCGGAUCUGAUGGAUGCCUCACUCACCUCCAGCACCAGCACAAUUGUGGAUGAGAGUCUAACCCUGAGUCCCACGGCAUCGCCCUGCAAGCUAAGCUAUGUGCACUUCAACAGCUCCAGUAAUGGAUCCUCGCCGGAUCAAGAUGAGGAUAUCAUGCUGGAUCAUCAGGAGCGUACUGUGCACUCCACCAACGGGAAGUCCAACAAGAAUCUGGGCAAUAUUCAGACCUACAAGGAGUACAAGGAAGCCCUGAAGCAGCAGCGCAACCAGGAGAUGAGCGUCUACAAACAAAAACAUCCGAAUGCCAAUCAUAGUCCCAACGAUGACGAGGAUCUCUCUCCGCCGCCGUCAAGUCUCUCGAACGGAUCGGCGUCAUCCAACACACUGCCAAAGUCCAUAAUGAAACAAUCGAGUCUGAAUCAGAACAGCAACCAAAAUGGCCACAAUGGGAACGGGAAUGGAACCGGGAACGGAAAUGGAGUCGAUGAUGUUGUCAUACCAAAGAAACCCAUCCAAAAGGUGAUACCCUCUCGCAAUACGGAAAUAAAGCCGGCUACCUCGUCUGGCAUACCCUCGGCCAUUCCAUCCGAUUGUUUGGGCUAUGUGAAGCCGCACAGUCCCCUGAAGAAUGGCGCCAACAAGUUCAAUACGUCCAAUGGUGGUGGCGGCGUGGCAUCAACUGUGGGUAUUGUCACCAGCACCACCAUUAAAUCGCCAGUUAGCUCCACCACAAAGCUGGGUACAGUGAAGACGCACCGAUCGGUAACCUGGAACCAUGACAUUCCCGCGGAGAAGCUGAGCUUCACCAUGCGGCGGGAGUUUGAUCGCCAGCGAGAGGAAACAGAACUAAUGUCGCAGCUGAGGAGUAUCAUUGAAACGCGUUUGAAAAUGACCCUGCCUGUGGAUAUUGCUUCAGCUCUGACCGACGGCGUUAUACUCUGCCAUCUGGCCAAUUAUGUGCGUCCGCGUUCAGUGGCCAGCAUACAUGUGCCAUCGCCUGGUGUGAACAAGUUGACCAUGGCCAGAUGUCGUCGGAAUGUGGAUAAUUUUUUGGAGGCAUGUCGUCGCAUUGGCGUAGAUGAGGAGUUGAUUUGCUCCUGUGAAGAUGUUGUGCCAGAAAAUGAGCCGCAAUUGCCACGCGCUGACGAUGACUAUGAUGCUGAUGUAUAUGUAAAUGAUGAUGACCGCGACAACAGCAGCAGCAGCAACAUGCAAUGCAACAGCAGCAGCAACAGCAAAAAUAAUCACAACAAUUGUGAUAAUAGAGUGCCCAAUGCAUUGGCCCUACUGCGCACAGUGUCCGCUCUGAUUGCCCUGGAUGCGAAUCCGCUCCAUCAACAUCAUCAUCUUCUUCAGCACUUUGAGCAAGAGCACGAGCAAGAGCAAUUCACUGAGCCAACCAUAACCUGCAGCCAACAGCAUGAACAGAUGUUGCAGUUAGAGCAUGUUUUGUAUGAGAAUGGCCAGCCGAUGGCUGAAAAUGAUGAUGGGGUUGAGGAUCGCGAUGGCAGCGUCAGCAGGCGGCAACAGCAACUGGCUACAGUGGGCCAAAUGCUGCUCAAGGCCAAGCAAAAGACCUAUGAGAAGAUUAAGCACAAUCUACUGAGUGCCCAUGGUCAGCACAAUUUUCAAGCGAACAACAACAAUCGGAUGCUGCACACGAUUGUGGAAAAUGAGCACGAUGUGGCCGCCGCUGGACCGGCAGGACAUUAUCAAAUAAUCGAUGAGAAGCAACAACUGCAGCAGCCGAAGGAGGAAUCGGAGGACUUAAAGAACCAAGAAGCUAGUACCGAGUCAACCAAGGAGGCAAUCAGCAAACGCAUCGAGUUCUUUGAGCAGCAAAGAAACGGCAAACAGAAGCUGGAGGUCUUCAGCAUCUAUUUACCCAAGGAUAAGGACAAGCAGCAGCUGGAUCAUAAGUUAAAAGCCAAGGAAAACGAAGCUGGAACUUCAAUAUUAUUAAAGCACGAUUCCCACACCCUGACCGUAAUCCUGUCGUGCGUUUUCAUAGCGACCUUCCUUUGGCUGAAUCUAAUUUGCUGUGCUGCCGACGUGCUGGAAGGAAAAGGUGCCGUUCAGGUGGCCAUCACAGUGGGUGAACUUUUCCGACUCCAUGGAAAUGGCGGCUGUGGCAGUGGAAAUAGCAGCGGAGCUGCCACGCCCACCAAAUCGCCGACCAGAACGACACGUGCCACAAUGUCCCCGACGCCAUUGGCUUAAAAUUGUAGAAGAACCUGGACUCGGACUCUUCCUGGAUAAUCCUGGCCAAAAAUGUUUGGGUUUCCCCAACACACACACGCACUUGCAUCAAAUACAUGAGAAAUGUAUGAUUUGUUGAUAUUUCCUUACUCACAAACACACACUCAUUUUUCUAGGUUUGUAGUUCAUUUAUGUAAAUACACAGAUACACUCAAAGAAACCAAA